CGGGAGGAGGGGCGGAACCCCGGGCGCGGGCCGGGCUGCCGCAGGCCAGUGGCCUCGGAUCUGUCCCAGGGGGCGGACGCGGCGCUGACCUGCUGGCGCCAUGUCCUUCUGCAGCUUCUUCGGGGGCGAAGUUUUCCAGAACCACUUUGAGCCGGGUGUCUAUGUGUGCGCCAAGUGUGGCUACGAGCUUUUCUCCAGCCGCUCAAAGUACGCACACUCAUCCCCGUGGCCCGCCUUCACUGAGACCAUUCAUGCUGAUAGUGUGGCCAAGCGUCCGGAACGCAACUCACCUACAGCCUUAAAGGUGUCCUGUGGCAGGUGUGGGAACGGGCUGGGCCAUGAGUUCCUGAAUGACGGCCCCAAGCCGGGGCAGUCCCGCUUCUGAAUAUUUAGCAGCUCGCUGAAGUUCAUCCCGAAAGGCAAAGGAACUUCUGGCUCUCAGAAGCCAUAGGCGGGCAGAGCGUACCCAUUCCAGCUGGACACUGCCCUGUGGUCACACUCCGGCCAUCCCACCUUGGAGUUGGAACCCCAGACAUUCAGACAGGGGAGGGGGUUAGCUGGAACUUCAGGGGGUGUUGGCUCUGCACGUGUUCUCUUUGGGAAGAGUGCUGGUUUUCCACGAUGGCCCAUAGCCUGCUGCCAGGAUGGGGCUGGAGGGCCCAGCUGUGGGCUCACCUUAGGCUCCUGCUUAUAUGGGAGUCUAAAGAAGGUGGGCUCUAAGCCUAGCUUGCCCUCGAAUGAUGGCACACCCCACCUUCUCCUCAGCCCACUGCCCUCUCCCUGCUUGUCUGGACUCAUCCCUUUGGGACCCGAUUCUGAGAUGGGCUCUGGCCCUCGCCAAAGCUCGUGCCCAUUCCCCCAGGUCAUGCCGGGAGACAGAAUGUAAAGGGAGGCAGCCCUUGGUGGCUGCCCCAGCUCCGGUCACUACAUGAUUCACUCUGGUUAAACCCUUCCAGGCAGCCAGAGUGGUGAAGAUCUGUGACCCGCUGGAGGAGCGGGCCAAGGGGACAGACCUCUUGUCUCUCAGUUACGAGAGGAGAAAUCCUCAGCCCUGUUUCCCAAUCUGGCCGGGUGCACCUUGCCUCACUCAGGCUGAGGAAAGUGGCUGUUGCUCCAUUACCUUGAUUGUGCAAGGCCAGGGCCGGGGAGCUCACAGCCCAGAGUUCACACCUUCUCAUGAGCAGUGGCUGUGGCUUCUUGGCAUGCUGGCAAGCUCUUGCCGCCUGGGAGGGUGGGUGACGCCAGAGCCCCUCCCUUCGUAACUCCUCCCUGGAGUCCUCAGGAGAUCAGUAAACAAAUGGAACCCAG